ACGUCUCUCUCUAUCCGGUCAGAGAAAAACAAAAAUUCGGCGGCACCAAUCAGGGAACGAGACCGCACCGUCGCAGAGGAUCCGGCGCCGCAGCUUCGUCUUUUGACUCGCUGCUUAUUUAUGCCGCUCCGCUCGGGGAGCGUGCCGCGGCUUUGAACCUGGUUUCUCUGUCGCCCAUCCUGCGGCUGCCACCACCACCACCGUCCGUCCGUCUCCACAUUCACUCGUCAGCUCCGCUCCGGCUCCGCGUAGGAAGAAGGAUGGAGAAGGCUCUCACCAAGCUCAGCAGCUUCACCAUCCCCCGGAAGGCCAAGCAGGAGCUCUCCGCCAUCGGCGGCGACAUCUCGCGUCUCUCUAGCACCGUGGAGGAGAAGGCGAAAUGGGUCUUCGAUAAGCUCAAAGGCAAACCAAACAAGUCACUCUCUGAUCUCCUGCGCGAGUAUAACCUCCCCCCGGGCCUCUUCCCUCAGAAUAUCAUCUGCUAUGAAUACGAUCAAACAAGCUCGAAGCUUGUGGUCCACCUGGCCAAGCCCUGCGAGGUGAGCUUCAAGGAUUCCUCCAUGAUAAGGUUCGCUCCUCGUGUCAAGGCAACUCUGUCCCGAGGGAAGCUUUCCGGGAUCGAAGGCAUGAAGACCAAGGUGGUCGUGUGGGUGAAGGUGACCAGCGUAAACUUGGAGAGCUUCAGGUCAGACAAGGUGUGCUUCAUAGCUGGCGUGAAGAAGCUGAGGCAGAAGGAUGCUUAUGAGAUGCCCCGAGAAGCCAUCUCGGUAGGGGAGUUCUGAGCUUGAGCUUGAUCUGAUGAUACAUCUUAUCCAUCAUUCUUGCCAUUAUUUUCAGUCCCAUGUGGUGUGUGAUUCCUGAGGAAAUGUUUGAGAUUUAGUGUGCUGGGGUUCAGCGUAUCUGUAUAUUGGAAAACAUGGAGAAUUUGUUCUUCCCGACAAAAGACGCCCAUGCAUGUUCCCUGAUCAGUCCUUCACAUGCAUGGUGUCCCAGUAAUGUGAACAUUUAGCAUGUGUUCUGCCUUUUGCAUUGCUUGUGUCUAGGGGACUUACCGUGUUGUAUGGUACUGCAUGUGGCGGCUGGUGGCUGCUGGAGUACUUCCUUCUGCCG